CUGGAGCAGAUUCAAUCUCGCUUCCGUGAGAUAUCGCGUGCAUCUAACAGACAUACAUACAGACAGACAAAUACCGGUACCUGUCAACAUACUUACCGAUUAAAAUCGUUAAGUAAUAAUAAACAAGGUGGCAUAAGUGCUGAAAACCUCCGGUAGGAGGCCACAAGCCAUGAAAGGUUGGGAACCACUGUAUUAUAUACGAGUCCGCUAUACAACAUAAAGUUUCAAGGCCAUUCGAAUUGUAUUUGAUGUGUUAGAAAGUUUCUCAGCAUUGUUUAUGAAUUCUUGUUUUGCAAUAAGUUUUUAUUCUGUUUUUAUUGUAUAUAGGUAUAUAUAUAUAUAAUUUGAAUCCUAGUUUUCAAUCAUUCCACACUCACGUUAUUAAGUGCCCGAACUGUCAACUAAUUUUUGUGCCAAAAGCAUUUCAAUUUUACUGCGAUAAUGUGUAGGACAGAUGGAAGUUUGAAAAUUUGAAUUUUUAUAUAAAAACUACCGCACUACAAAUCUUAGUGGACUUAGAUGUAAAUAUGGAACAGAAAACUGGGACUUGGGAUUAGUUGGUCAGUUAUUUGUUUUCAGAUGCAUGGACUUGAUGGUGGAGGAAACCGCAAACCACCCUACUGUGCCCAGCAAUCCUCUCGCCCAUAAUUAACUCUGCAUAGGAUUCGAACUUGCGAAACCACGCAGGGUAAUCAGAGGUGUGGUGGCGAGCGUAUUCCUAAUGCUUAGCAUGAUGCCCCACACCACCGAGCCAACAAUAGUCCACCACACCAUCCUAACCUAUUACCCACAGAUCCAGAAAUAAUCAAUCAUAAAAGUGUAGAAUGACAGAAUUACAGUCAGUUGCAAUGAAAUUAUUUUGGCUGGUAAUGCUUCAUCCACUGCUGUUAUCGAAAAGACAGACAGUGCAGUAGUCUAAAGUAAUACUAUGAAUAGCUUACUCUCACAAUAAUUUUUUUCUCAGUUAUCUUAAAACUAUAUCUUGCACCAGUCAUGGCACUGAAGAAUACUGUUCUAUCCUGCCUAUUAACGCUAUGCUGCAUUUGUAUAAUGACAGCUGAAUCUCGUCCCAAUAUUAUUUUUAUAUUGGCUGAUGACUAUGGAUUUAAUGAUAUUGGUUAUCAUGCAAGAGAGCAUGAAUCAGCAAUGAAGACACCUUUCUUGGAUCAUCUUGCUGGUGAAGGAAUCAAACUAGAAAACUAUUAUGUUCAACCAAUAUGCUCACCGACUCGAAGCCAACUUUUGAGUGGACGUUACCAAAUACACACUGGAUUACAACACAGUGUUAUUUGGCCCUCACAGCCAAAUGCUCUACCAAUUGAAAACAUACUUUUGCCUGAGCAACUCAGAAACUGUGGUUACGAUACUCAUAUGGUAGGAAAAUGGCAUCUUGGAUUUUAUAAAGAAAAAUUUUUACCAUGGAAUAGAGGUUUUAAUUCAUAUUUUGGAUAUUUAUCUGGCGGAGAAGACUAUUACACCCAUCAGCAUGGUUAUCAGCGAAUGAGUGGGGUUGAUAUGUGGGAUUCCAAACAUGGUCCUGUCAAUAACACAUGGGGUGAAUACUCUGCUCAUUUGUUUGCCAGAAAAGCAAUCGAAGCCAUUGAUAAACGAGAUCCUGCAAAACCUCUAUUUUUGUAUCUUGCCUACCAGUCUGUGCAUUCUCCAUUACAAGUACCUGAAAAAUAUAUUGAACCAUUUAAACACAUUAAAAAUAAACAAAGAAGAACGUAUGCUGGGAUGGUUCUAGCAAUGGAUGAAUCAAUUUAUAACGUUACUCAGCAUUUGGACGAUGCAGGGAUUUUAGAUGAUACGAUUAUAGUGUUUUCGACUGAUAACGGAGGCCAGACAUUGUUUGGUGGUAACAAUUGGCCUCUGAGGGGACGAAAAGGCACUCUAUGGGAAGGAGGCGUGAAAGGGGUGGGUUUCAUAUAUGGGGAACCCCUUGGAAAGCGGGGUAUGACACAUGAUCAACUAUUACAUGUUUCUGAUUGGUACCCAACCUUGGUCCAAGGGGCAGCUCAGUGCCCUAAAAGUAAUGGAACCCAGCCUUUAGAUGGAUAUAAUCAAUGGGAUUCUAUAGUGAAGGAGAGCCCUUCUCCAAGAAAAGAAAUCUUACAUAAUAUUGAUCCUUUGUAUGUUUAUAAUUAUAACUCCAAUACGACAGAAUAUUCAAAUGGGUUUAAUACUGGAGUUCAUGCCGCUAUCCGUAGUGGUCCUUGGAAGCUUUUAACUGGAAAUCCAGGGUUUGAUGAGUGGGUAAAACCACCAGAAUCAAAUCAAGAUGCAACUGAUUUUUCAAGUAACACCACAUUUGAGUACUUUUAUUCAAACUCUUUCUCCAGCGACUCAAAUGUUAAGUUAUUUCAUGUAGAAACUGACCCAUAUGAACAUGAUGAUGUAUCGGAUAAAUUCCCUGCUAUUGUUAAGCAACUAUUAAAUCGACUUGCUGUAUAUAACUCUACUGCUGUCCCUGUUAGAUACCCUCCUCCAGACCCAAACGCGAACCCAAGAUUGCAUGGGGGGUUUUGGGGCCCUUGGAUGAAAUGAAUUUUUAACGGGUAGUGUCCUUAAAGUCUUAUGAUUUAUCACAUUAAAGAUUUACUCGAAUUCUGUAUCUCCUAUAUUUCUUAUUCUCCUAUACCCUUAUUGAUUUUGAAUAUAUUUCAUUGCAUUACUUGCCUUUUUUAGUAUUGUUGGAUUGCUGUCAAUGUAUUGGUAAAAAUUUCCAUGUAAUAAAUGUAGGCUUGUAGCGUCCUAGGAAGCUCUUAUUAAAAUAUA